AUGGCCGCUGUUCGACUCAUCCUUCUCCAACUACUCCUCAUUAUCUUCUUCUCCACUCAAUCUAAUUCCCAAUCCGACAUCCAAGCCCUCCUCAAACUCAAGAAAUCUUUCUCACCCGGAGCGUUAAAAUCUUGGGAUCCAAGCUCGUCUCCUUGCGCUAAACAAUGGGUCGGUGUCGUUUGUUUCGAUGGAAUCGUCACCGGCCUCCAUCUUUCCGACGUGGGUCUCUCUGGAACGAUCGACAUUGAAGCAUUGCAAGAAAUUCGUGGCCUUAGAACCAUCAGUUUUGUGAAGAAUACGUUUUCAGGUCCAAUCCCAGAAUUCAAUAAACUCGGUAAAUUGAAGUCUCUGUUAUUAUCUUCCAAUCAAUUCUCAAGCGAAAUCCCCCGUAAUUACUUUGCUAAUAUGGCUUCCCUGAAGAAAGUUUGGCUCGAUAAAAACAAAUUCACAGGGAAAAUACCCGACUCACUGAUGCAGCUUCCACACCUUAUGGAGUUGCACAUUGAAGGCAAUGAAUUCUCUGGUCCAAUUCCUCCAUUGAAAUACCCAAAAUUGAUUAGAUCCAUCGACCUGUCACACAACAACCUUGAAGGAGAAAUCCCAGAAAGCUUUUCUAGUAUUAAUGCUUCCUCAUUUGUUGGAAACAAAGGGCUCUGUGGGAAACCACUGGAAACAGAUUGCUCAGCAAUGCCAGAAAAGCCAUUAGCUACAGGAGUCUCAGAAUCGCAAAGCAAUGUCAGUAAUUCGAAGUUGCUUAUUUUGGCCGCUAUAGCUGCUAUAGUGGUGGUAUUCCUGGUAGUCUCAUUCCUCAACGCGAGGCGCAGGGAUGAUGAUUUCAGCAUCCUGGAGAAAGAUAACCACAACGAUGUGGUAGAAGUACAUGUGCCUGAGUCCACCAUUCGACGGCCUAGGGAGUCUAGCCGGAAGGGAGACUCCCGUAAAGGAGACUCGAACCGGAGAGGGUCAGCGCACGGCAAGGGAGGGAUGGGUGACUUAUUGAUGGUGAAUGAUGAAAGGGGUACAUUUGGGUUGCCUGAUUUGAUGAAGGCGGCAGCAGAGGUUCUUGGCAAUGGCGGACUGGGUUCUGCUUACAAAGCGGUGAUGGCUAAUGGGUUGUCAGUGGUGGUCAAGAGGAUGAGGGAGAUGAAUAGGUUGAGUAGAGAGGCCUUUGACACCGAAAUGAGGCGGCUCGGGAGUUUGAGACAUCCGAAUGUUUUGACACCAUUGGCAUACCAUUACAAGAAAGAAGAGAAGCUAGUAGUAUCAGAGUACAUGCCUAAAAGCAGCUUGUUGUACGUCUUGCAUGGUGAUCGCGGAAUUUGCCAUGCUGAGCUGAAUUGGCCUACUCGUUUGAAGAUUGUCAAGGGAAUUGCGCGAGGAAUGGGGUUCCUGCAUUCUGAAUUUGCUUCCUAUGACCUACCUCAUGGUAAUCUCAAGUCCAGCAACGUCCUCCUCGGUGAUGAUUUCGAGCCACAACUCAAUGACUAUGCCUUUGAUCCACUAACUAAUCCAAACCAUGCUGUGCAAGCUAUGUUUGCUUAUAAAUCCCCUGAAUAUGUACAAUAUCAGCAGGUUUCUCGUAAGUCUGAUAUUUAUUGUUUCGGAAUCAUCAUUCUUGAACUUCUUACUGGGAAAUUCCCUUCUCAAUAUCUUAGUAAUAGCAAGGGGGGAACAGACGUGGUGCAAUGGGUGCUAUCAGCUAUUCAUGCACAAAACGAGAUAGAAUUGAUCGAUCCAGAGAUAGCUAACAAUACAAAUUCGCUUGGCCAGAUGGUGAAUCUACUACAAAUAGGUGCUGCUUGCAUAGAAAGCAAUCCUACGCAGCGGCUAGAUAUGAGGGAAGCGAUUAGAAGGAUAGAAGAGAUACAAGUUUGAGGCAUGGCCAUGUAUAUGCUGUAGAUUAAUACAAUUGACUUGCUAGGAGAGAUGUACAAGGGUAGAAGAAGUUGUCAUCCAUGCUUCAGUGUUCAAUAUCAACCUCUCAGCUGGCUUUCGAAAUUAUAGCAUGGCAGGGGGAGCUUCCGGGAUCAAUUAUGGUGAUGGAAAAUGGUACUUUUUUGACACUUCUAGUUCUAACUACCCAGAUGAACACUUGUGCAUAGAAUUUCAGUAAGGAGCCAGUACUGCUGUAUUUUUUAAACUAGGAACAAAAGGAGACAUAGCUGAGAAAGAGCCAAGG